AUGGCGGGGGCGAAAGCAGCGGUGAUUUUACCACGGCCGGUGACGUUUGUGACCGGAAAUGCCAAGAAGCUCGAAGAGGUCAAAGCUAUCAUCGGAAAUUCCAUUCCUUUCAAGUCUCUCAAACUCGACCUGCCUGAGCUGCAAGGUGAGCCUGAGGAUAUCUCCAAAGAAAAAGCUCGUUUGGCUGCUCUUCAGGUGAAUGGGCCAGUGCUAGUGGAGGAUACAUGCCUCUGUUUCAAUGCUUUGAAGGGUCUUCCUGGGCCAUACAUCAAGUGGUUUCUUGAGAAGCUUGGUCAUGAAGGUCUGAACAACUUACUGAUGGCCUAUGAAGAUAAAUCAGCUUAUGCAUUGUGCGCAUUCUCUUUCUCGCAUGGUCCAGGUGCUGAACCUCUUACGUUUUUGGGGAAAACUCCGGGUAAGAUAGUACCAGCAAGAGGACCAACCGAUUUUGGGUGGGAUCCAGUGUUUCAACCUGAUGGAUAUGACCAAACUUAUGCAGAGAUGGCAAAGGAAGAAAAGAACAAGAUAUCUCAUAGGUACAAGUCUUUAGCAAUGGUGAAAUCUCACUUCAAGGAGGCUGGCUAUGUGUUCCAGACAACAGUUGAUGAAUGA